AUGGCCGACCAGCCCGCCGCGGAGCCGCACCAGUAUGGCCGCAUUCCGAGCCUCAAGAGCUUCUUGCCGCUCUCCGAGGAUGCCGUCAUGUCGACGCGUGGCCAGCACCUGCCCUCCCUGCUCCAGCAGUCGUUGAGCUCGCGCAGCCAGCGCCCGUCCAGCGUCCGCAGCGAAGAACUCUUUCCCGACACUGCCAAGGGGAGCCUUCCGCCUACCCCCAGCUACCCCGACGACCGGCGAUCGAGCCUUGGCGGUGCGUCGCUGCUUCUGACGCCGCAGAUGCGCAGCCAGCGCCUGAUCGGAAACAGCAACCCGCGAUACAGAUGGGAGCAGUACUGGAAGUCGGACGAGGAGCUGAAGAAAUACCCGAAGAAGAUCCGCCAGUACUACGAGCGAAACAACGAGUUGAUACAGCAAUAUGCCUUCAUCGACCGCCUGCUCGACUCGUCGCUCCCCCACAACCUCAUCCAGGAGUACAAUACGGUGAACAUCCCUGAUACGAUCUCCGAGGAGUCGGGCACAGCGCCCCACUCCCCUUACCUGGCUGGCCAGCACUCGUCCGAGGACAGCACCAACUCAUCAUCGAUUGAAGCGUUUGGCCAGCGCAAGGUCAAACGCACGCCCAAGAACCUGUACAAGGUGCCCGAUGAGGAGACGUCCCCACUGCUGAGCGGACAACAAAACGGCUAUGGCGGCAUCAGCACCGACGUGGAGGCCAACGAGCCACGGAUGCCCAUCUACGAGCCCGAGGAAGAGACGGGUAGCCAGCACAGAAUCGUUACGAUCGCCAUCUACGUGAAUCUGGUCGCCAACACCGUGUUGCUGGCCAUGAAGAUCGUCGUGACGAUCAUGACUUCGUCGCUGUCCGUGCUUGCCAGCUUGGUCGACGCUGCGCUGGACUUUUUGAGCACCGCCAUCGUGUGGGUGACGACUCGCCUCAUCUCGCGCCAGGACCGCUACUCGUAUCCCAUCGGCCGGAGCAAGCUGGAGCCCGUGGGCGUGUUGAUUUUCUCCGUCAUCAUGAUUACCGCCUUCUUCCAGGUGCUCCUGGAGGGCGCGCAGAGGUUCAUGGGCAACGACCGCAACAUCGUCCAGCUGACGGCGUCGGCGCUGGCCAUCAUGACGGCCACGGUGGUCAUCAAGGGUCUCUGCUGGUUCUGGUGCCGCAUGAUCAAGAACUCGAGCGUGCAGGCCCUCGCCCAGGAUGCCAUGACCGACGUCGUCUUCAACUUUUUCAGCAUCAUCUUCCCUCUUGUGGGCUACUACGCGCAGGUUUGGUGGAUGGAUCCGUUGGGCGGUGUGCUGCUCUCUCUCUGGGUGAUCAUCAACUGGUCGGAAACGUCGUCAAACCACAUCAAGAACCUGACGGGGCGCGCGGCGUCAGCCGACGAGCGCAACAUCCUGCUCUACCUGUCGAUGCGUUUCGCCAAGACGAUCAAGCAGAUCCAGGGCCUGCAGGCGUACCACUCGGGUGACAAGCUGAUCGUCGAGGCCGACAUCGUGGUCGACGAGGGCAUCAACAUCAGAGAUGCGCACGAUCUGGGCGAGAGCCUGCAGUACGUGCUCGAGAGCGUUCCGUCGGUGGACCGCGCGUUUGUGCAUCUUGACUAUGCUUCGUGGAACCUGCCCACGCAUAUGCAGCAGGAAGAUUGA